AUGGCUUCCUCCGAACACCACAAAUUUGCAAUGCCUUUCGCGUUCCGUCCUGUGAACAACCCGCCGCCAGCGGGAGAAGCUGGCCAAGAAAUCUCGUCGCCAUCGCCGAUGACGCCACGGACGACCAGUGCGUCGGUACAAUCUCCGAAGCCUCUUGACGAGGCCACGACACCCACUCGCGCGAGCUUUGGUACUAGCACGCUCGCAUCACAAAAACCCCUCCCCACCUCACCUUUCCCCGAGUCAGUGCAGGUGCCGGAGUCCGCGGCGGGGCCUUCCAAGAUGGUGCCGUCACACAACGCGAGCGCAUCGAAGGGUUCGGACGAUUCGGAAAUGGGUGAUUUGGAUGGCGAGGAGCAUGCCGGCGAUAACGGAGCCGGUUCUGAUGCCGAAAGCGCCAAUGGCGACGGGUCCAAACCCAAGAAGAAGAAGGCGCAGCGCUUCUAUUGCACCCGCCACCCGCCGUGUACGCUGAGCUUCACCAGGAGUGAACAUUUGGCGCGGCAUAUCCGCAAACACACGGGUGAACGGCCCUUCCAAUGCCACUGCUCCCGACGCUUCUCGCGCCUCGACAACUUGAGGCAGCACGCCCAGACGGUACACGUCAACGAGGAUAUCCCGGCGGACUCACCCGCUGCUACCGGGACGCGAUUUCAGAGGCAGAUCAGGACGGACAGAGUACGGCCGUCUGGCAGAGCUCGAGCUUCGACCGCGGGUAGUGUCGGGCCUGCGGGCCGUGGGCAUUCCAAGUCAUUGUCCACGUCGAGCAUCGCAACUGUGAGCUCACUUGCCUCCGGCUACAGUGUGACUGACACGCGCCGCCGGCCGCCACCGCUUGUUAUGGCGGAUCCUCGAUCCCGAAUCCCACUCGAAUCGUACCGUGGGAACGAUGGGCCGUAUUACAGACCGCCCUCGCCGGGUGACUUCAGUACACCCACUUCCUCGACUUUCUCGACCGGGACCGGCCAAAACAGCCCCCGGUGGGGGCCCGUGAUAUCGCCCGGCACCCCUCACAGCCGAUCGCACAGCAUGUAUGCUGUCGGGCCUAGAACCCCCGGCCGCCGCCUCAGCGUACCGUCGGGCCACAAUCCAUUCCAGUCGCCCCAUGGCCCAGGCGCCAGGGUCCCAGGGUUCUAUACCAACACAGCGCUCAACUCGUCGAAUGCAGGCGCGCUCUCGUCCCAAAACACCUUGUUGGCCUCGCCAACUUCAUCCACGCAAACAUGGUCGCGGAGGGAUUCCACGUCGUCGGCGACUGAUGAAGCCUGGCGUAGACGCACUUGGCACCCGGAUACACGCGAUUAUAACGGGACAAGUCGAUUAAGCCAGGUCCUUACUCCAACUCAGAUUCCACCCGAUCCCAUCCUGCUACCCGCCCCGCGGCCGACGAUCCAGCAACAACAGCCGAUGCGCCUUCCAGGGAUCGCGUCCUUUGACGAGAUCUCAAGUCGUCAGCCUUUUGACGAGAUCUCAAGACGUUUGCCCCCGCCUCGCAACCCAUCCCCAAUGAUGGUUGACACAGAAGCCCCCAGGCGGUUCCCGCAGUAUCCAACCGUUGUUGAGCCCGCUGCAGAGAGCCAACACAGACCCGCUCCGCAGUGGGGUACGGACCUGAAUCGCGGUUUGGACCGGCUGGAGAUCAACAUGCCGCCCACAGAUACCGCAGGAACAUGGGCGAGCGAGGCGAACCAAGCCCUCUCUGCCCGCGCCGAGCAGGCCCCGGUAAGCUUUGAGCGCGAGGCCAACCUCAUGCCCCAACUUCCUUCCCUGAUGCCGGGUGUUUUCCCAUAUCAGGUUCCCGCUCGCCAUCAGCACACCAUGUCUGCCCCAUCUCCCAACGCAGCUCGUGAAUCGAGGCGCCACGGCUGGCACAACGGGCCAGUCCCGAUCCGCCACGCUGGGGAAACCAUCCACGAAGGCCGACCACCCCAUGUUGACCGAAUUGUGCAUCCCAACGUCAGCACAUUUCGGCCCUUCCCCCCUCGUGAAGACGAGACUUAUACCUAUACCAAACCGCCACCGGUAGAACGAAUGGACAGAGCCGAGCGGAUCGACCGGAUGGAACAAAUCCCCGAGCGGUCGCCGAAUCAGACGGGGGACGCCGAUCAACUGAAGGGCCUCGAAGCGCUGGUGGCCGUUGCAACAGGCGAUCGCUCCAUGCCGAAUACGUACCGAAAGUAA